UUUCUUGAUUGUGUCAUGAUCUUACUGGUUCUCUUUCGUUUACUUUCCUGUCCCCAGACUUGCUCAAUCUUAUCUCUUCGAUCGCCUUGAGCACACAAUCUCCUGAUCAAGUAUAGUGCACUCAUUUCACUAUAUAGUACUACAAAAACCAUUUCUGAAAAUUCUAUGAUUCCUGAAGCAUACCUCAUCACAUGUGGAAUGUAGAGUUAUACUAAUCCCAAUGAUCAUGCAAUCUAAAAUCUCUCCUAGCCCUUUGUCCAGUCCCAUCUGAGCAGCUGGCUUCCUCUGUUAAUUUAGAUAACCAGUCAAACCGUCGUAAAGCGCUUGCAAAGGUACAUUCCCAAAAAGAUAAUUCUUCGAUUGAAGUAAGUGAGCUUUCCAAGUUUACCUGCAAGUGAUGGUCAAACUCUGUUUCAAAGGAAUUGAAUUCUUCGUGAGUCUCCACGGGAAAAUCUGGGAAGUAUAAGGAGCAUUUAUUUCCCAAAUUUUCCACCACAACGUACUCUUGAUGAUUUGCACGACCUUUGAUUUUCUUCUUGACCCCUCCAGUUCCCUGGAUUCAACAUCUUGUACAUAACUUGCAAAUCAACAUGCCAUAUCUCGCAACAUUUGCAAAUUUGAUUUUACUAUAAUAAUCACUAACUUUCCAAAAAUAGUCACACGGUAUUCGCGUCAUCACUUCAGAGUUAGAUAUUAUCCAAUUCGCAAUCUUCGCUUCGCUAUUCACUAUUCUUGGCUUUUCUCCUUCCAAACACUUACGUUCUCCCUCCAAAUUUUCUCUUCUUCCUUAUGCCUUUCUCCUCGCAAAUUUCCCUCCCAAAUUCCCGAACGCUAAUUCGGUGAAAUUCCGCAACCAACAUUUCCCUUUCCCCUCUCCCAUUCACUUCCACCCUCAAAUCACAAAUUCAAAUCGCAUUUGCAGCAUCAAAAUUAUUCAAAAUGACGAGCAUAUACAUAGCACGUCACAGAAACGAAGCUGAGGUUUACCAUGGCGAAGCCAUCUGCAAGAAGAAAGCGAGCGAACUGCUCGGGGAAUUCUGCCUCCCGUCAGGCUUGCUUCCCUUGGACGACAUCGUAGAGGUGGGGCACAACCGCAUCACGGGGUUCGUGUGGCUGAAGCAGAAGCGAAAGAAGGAGCAUCGGUUCCAACGCAUCGGACGUGUCGUUUCCUACGAACCGGAGGUGACGGCGUUCGCGGAGGAGCACCGAAUGCGGCGGGUGACCGGAGUGAAGACGAAGGAGCUGUUCAUCUGGAUCACGAUCGCCGACAUCUCCGUCGACAAUGACGAUGCCGGUAAGAUCACGUUCGCCAAUCCCUCUGGCUUAUCAAAGACGUUUUCUGUUUCAGCUUUCGACGGCGAGGCGGACGAGAGGGAAGGAAAGAAAUAGGACGGUGCUCCAUGCUAGCUUAAGAGGUAGUCAAAGGAUACAAAUGCUUAUUAAGAAAAAUGAAAACGUAACUAAUGAGUAAAUUAGGAGUUAAUGAAAAAUUGAAAGAGAAAAAGUUGAAAUGGAUUUGAGGUAUCUGAGGUAUAUUUUUUGCUUGUAA